AUGGCUUCCCUUUCCCACGCUCAGCGGGAGAAAAACCCAACGUACGUGUUCUCCAGUCGGCCCAGGCCGCUGGAGAGCCGCUCAAAGUUGAACGCCUCGCCUACGGACAACAGCGAGUACGGCAACAUUCUGUACGAUCGGCGGGUGAUCAGGGGCAACGCUCAAGGUCGGAAGGCGGCGCCCCACGCGGCCGACAUUCAGCAGCAGCGUGGAUUCCGCAGGCGAUCGGUGGACUUUGUGCGGUCCAGGGACCACGUGUGGUUCAAGACUCACGACAACCUGCCCGGACGGAAACACGUGGACGUCCAAACCGAGUCCUACCUGGAGGAGCUGAGUCGCAUCUUGGUGACCAAGGACAACGACUCGCAAACGGACCCUUUCCUGGACCGACCGGCCACUCCGCUCUUCAUCCCCGCCAAAUCGGGCGAAGACGUGGCCACCCAUAUCGAGGAGGGCGACUUGUUUGACUUUGACCGGGAGGUGACGCCGGUGCUGGAGGUCCUGGUGGGCAAGACCAUCGAGCAGUCCCUGCUGGAGGUGAUGGAGGAGGAGGAACUGGCCUGCCUGCGGGCCCAGCAGAGGGCCUUUGAGCAGCUGCGCAAUGCCGAGCUGGCCGAGGUCCAGCGGCUGCAGGAGCAGGAGCGCCGGCGCGCCGAGGAAAAGGAGUGCCGCAUCGCCCAGCAGAAAGCGGCGGUGACGAAUGAGAAAGAAACGGCCGAGAUGAUAGCUGCCCAAGCCUGCGCGCAGCAGUUCCUCUCCAAACUCUUCCCCGCCGUCUUCGCCUCGCUCAGGAGACACGGCUACUUCUACGACCCGGUGGAGAGAGACAUCGAGGUGAAUUUCUUCCAGUGGCUGACGGCCCAGGUCAACAACAGUCUGGAGAAGAGGAACUCAGCCAGGCUGCUCCUGGAUGCCAUCAUCCAUGACAUUGCCCUGGAGAGGAGGGAUUUCUUUGCCCAUCUGCACUCGCAGCCUGCCGACCCGGACAAGUAG